AUGCUAACGAGGAACAUUUUAUCUCCCAAGAGGAAAGUCCAAUCUAGAACUCUAGUGAAGUUACAUGAGUUGAGGGGCGCCAGUCAAGAUAAUCCUGGGUUUGUCUGGAGGUCAUAUUCAUAUUCCCUUCUUUUUCUUUUCUGGGUCUGCCUAGAUUGUCCACCAGCUCCCAUCCUUUCUCCAGAUCCUCCAGAACCCUUGUAUCUGGUUGGGGAGAACAUUACCUUCUGGUGCUCAAUUCCCAACCUCCCUCUUCAAGGCUGGAGAGGCUACCAGUUUUCCCACAUAAGGGAAAAUGAGAAGGAGACCUCUAUAAAAGAUCUGGAUUGGCAUGAAGGCAACGUCUCCCUGGUCCUCACAGCCACAAGGGAAGUUUCUGGAUUAUAUAAAUGCCGGUACCUAGAAUGGAAAUAUGAGAGAAACAUCUCUUCCAAGUGGAGUCGUCAGGUCUCAAUUGUGGUGAGAGAUCCUCUGCCUCCCCCAGUGUUGAAGUUGCACCCUUCUUCUGAAUCCCUGGGGAUCCUGACCAUCCUGUGUUUGUCCAGCGAGAGCAACAACACCAAAAGGUUCCAUUUCUCCCAGGAUGGUGUGGAGAUGACCUUCAGCAAUGAAGAGCCUCUGAGGAGCAGCAGAGACUCUGGGCUUCUUACUCUAAAUAUGUCGGUAGCUUUCCUAUAUGCCAAAGACAACGAAAGUCUUCAACUUGCUUGCAGAUAUGAGGAAAACAUCAAUGGCCGUUGGAUCAUGUCUCCUUGGAGCCAGACGCUGAAUAUCCCAGUUGAACCAGUUUGGAGCAAAGAUUUCGCUUUUAUUUGGAGUUAUGCCCGGAUGGCGAUUCCUUUUAUAAUCCUGCUGGUUCCGUUUGCCUUUUAUUGCUGGAAGAAGAAGAGCAAUGUUGAGAUCACAUACAGUUGUACCCAGGACUCCUUCACUCCAUCUUCUCCUGAACCAACAAGGAAGAACCAUCUUACACAAGAAAAAACAGGGGAGACAUUGUACCAGAACCUUCUCUUUCAACCCAGAAAAAAGCAGCAAAAUCACCCAAUUGCAGCAAAACGUGUCUCUCUUGGUCCAGUCCCUUAUUAGGCCUAGACAGGGACAUCACCCUUGAAGAGAUGAUGAGGUGCAGCUGAGCUUCAGUUUAUGGCUGAAGAGAAACCCCAUCAAAAAGUGGGGAGAUCUUCAGCACCAUCCUGUUCUAUGAGUCUUAGUUAUGUCCAGACUUGAGCCUGCUGGGAAGAUUUCUGUUUCUGUAUUACCUUUCAUAAUUCAUAUAUUUUAGCUUUUAUUUUGCCUGUUCUCUUAAAAAUGUGGUAUUUCAAUAUGAUGGUGAUACAAUAUACAUAUAUGCUUAAUAUUCAAUUAU